AUGUCAUUCCGGAGCAUAGCUCGUGAUCUGAGGGAUAGUUUCGGGAGCUUAUCGAGACGGAGUUUUGAUGUGAGACUUCCUGGUCAUCACCGAGGAAAGUCUCAAGGGGCAGUCCACGAGCUGCAUGAUCAUCCUCUUGUCAUCCAGACCAGUUGCUGGGCUAGCCUUCCGCCUGAGUUACUCCGUGAUGUCAUUAAGAGGUUGGAAGCCAGUGAGAGUACUUGGCCUGCUCGCAAGCAUGUUGUGGCUUGUGCUGCUGUCUGCCGAUCAUGGAGAGAAAUGUGCAAGGAACUAGUUCAAAAUCCCGAGUCUUCUGGGAAGCUGACAUUUCCUGUCUCUCUUAAGCAGCCUGGCCCAAGGGAUGGAACCAUUCAGUGCUUUAUUAAAAGAGACAAAGCAAAUUUGACAUACCAUCUUUACCUCUGUCUCAGUCCAGCUUUGCUUGUAGAAAAUGGUAAGUUUCUGCUAUCUGCAAAACGGAACCGAAGGACAACUUGUACAGAGUAUGUGAUCUCAAUGGAUGCCGAUAACAUAUCAAGGUCAAGCAGCACUUAUAUCGGCAAACUGAGGUCAAAUUUUCUCGGGACUAAGUUUAUCAUCUAUGAUACUCAACCACCUUAUAAUAAUGCUCAAGCUGCCCCUUCCGGACGUACUAGUCGCAGGUUCCACUCGACAAAAGUUUCCCCUAAAGUUCCUGCUGGAAAGUACAACAUUGCGCAGGUUACGUAUGAGCUAAAUGUGCUUGGUACCAGAGGACCACGCAGGAUGAAUUGUACAAUGUGUUCAAUCCCUGCCUCAGCUCUUGAACCCGGUGGCACUGUUCCAGGCCAGCCAGAGCUUCUUCCUCGCUUGCUAGAGGAUUCAUUUAGGAGCACUUCCUCCUCAAGAUAUAUAGACCACUCAGCAGAGUUUAGUAGCUCCCGCUUCUCAGACAUUAUACGGGAAGGGGAAGAGGAUGAUGGCAAGGAGAGGCCAUUAGUUCUCAGAAACAAGCCGCCGAGAUGGCAUGAACAACUCCAGUGCUGGUGUCUUAAUUUCAGGGGGAGGGUUACUGUGGCCUCCGUUAAAAAUUUCCAGCUAAUUGCUGCUACACAACCUGCAGCUGGUGGUCCUACAGCAGCCCAGCCGGCCCAAUCAGGGUCUGAUCAUGAUAAGAUUAUCUUACAGUUUGGUAAGGUUGGGAAGGAUAUGUUUACCAUGGACUAUCGCCUGAAAGACACAUCUGACAACAGUGACGAGGUGCUGACUGAAGUAAAUGGCUCCAAGACUGGUGUUAUUGUUGUCAAUCAUGGCUGUGCUGAAGAGGUGACAGAGAAUGAUUCUGAUUCCUCUUACUCCUGUUGGGUCUAUAUUGCCUCGGGUUGCCUAGUUUACAAAGUCCUGAUCUCAAUGGAUAGAUCAUCUGUCAGUCAGGGAAAAGAGAGCCUUUUAAUCCCCGAGACAACUGAGGUUCUGGACUCUGCUAUUGUGAACCGUUGCCCUCAUCGAUCAGAGAUCCAAAGUAUAGUAAUUGCUGAAGCUGAAAGUAGUGGUUGCUUCAUACUGGGAAGUGUAGAUUCUUAUGGUCAUCUCAUUGUUUCAAAGUUGGACGACAAUGCUGAAGAUGUUGAUAGGUUUACUUUUUCUGUGUCUCCACGAGAUUUUGGUGCUGGUGAAAGUAGUUGGGCUGGCCUUUCUUUCAACCCAAGUCAAUGGUCCAUGGCUGCUGUGGGCCGCAGCUUCUGCAAAAGUAUUGAUGUAUAUGACCAAGAUAUUCAUCUCCGAACUCUACGUCCAUUAUGGUAUCCAUCUUCAUUGGUCUUUAUGAACGAUCUAUAUGGAGGAAGUGAAGGUUCCAUAUUAGCUGUUGCAGAAGGUUGCCAGCUUAGCGUAUGGGAUUUAAGGAUAAAAGAAAACGGUGGCUGUGUGCAUAGAAUGGCUGGAUCUGUUGGAGAUAUUAUUUACUCAGUUUGCACUUCAUCAACUGGAACCAUUGCAGCAGGUGGAGCCGAUCGUACUGUGACAGUCUAUGAUCCUCGCAGAUGGUCGCCAUUGUCGCGCUGGCUUACUUGUUCAAAAUAUGAGAUAACUGGACUUGCCUUUUCCUCAGUUGAUCCAGACUAUAUUUUUGUGCAAGGAGUUGAUUAUGAGGUUCUGUGCGGACAGUGGCGUAAGGGCAACAAGGCCUUCUCGUACAGAGGAGAUUCAAACUGGCUUGGAUUUUCAAAGUGUGCCAACCAGGAUAUUGUCGGAGGAUGGUGCGAUUCAGGAAAUGUUUUCAUAGCCGAUAUCGGCCUCCUGGAUACGCCAUGA